AUGCCUAAGGAGAAGACUACUCGCAAGGGCGGCAAGGAGCGCGUUCAGCGCCGCAAGAAGGACCCCAACGCGCCCAAGCGCGGUCUCUCAGCCUACAUGUUCUUCGCCAAUGACAACCGCGAGAAGGUUCGCGAGGAGAACCCUGGCAUCUCGUUCGGCCAAGUCGGCAAGAUGCUGGGUGACAAGUGGAAGGCCCUGAGCGACUCGGAGCGCCGUCCCUACGAUGACAAGGCUGCUGCCGACAAGAAGCGCUACGACGCGGAGAAGGCCGCAUACCAAGCCAGUGCCGAGGAGGAAGAAGAAGAGUCCUCGUAA